CACGCGGCACCAUGAAGCUUCUCAUUAUGUUUGGCUCGCAGACCGGGACAGCGACAUCGGUGGCGAAUCAUGUGGCAGAGAUUGCAGAGGAGAAGGGUCACGGGGCGCGGGUGGUGUCGAUGGCGGACUUUGCGCGGAGUGGGUGGGAUGGCGCAGUGGAGAACGAGGUCCUCAUCGCCGUCGCCGCCACCCACGGCGAGGGCGAGCCGCCGGACGCUGCGUAUCGGUUCUGGCGGCAUCUGCGGCGCAAGGUGACCGACGAGCAGCAUCUGGCUGGCAAGCGGUAUGCGGUGCUUGCGCUUGGCUCGACCGACCACAAUCACUUUUGCAAGUUUGGCAUCGGCCUCGACAAGCGCCUUGCCGCCAUCGGCGGCGCCCGCCUUGCUCCGGUCGCCACCGCCGACGAUGCCACCGGCCUCGAGGCUGUUGUCGAGCCUUGGAAGGCUGCGCUGUGGGAUUUGCUUGCCGAUCUUGAUCAGGCGGCGAGUGCCGCGGAUGCAGGUGCUGGUGAUGCGGGUGCCUCUGUGGCCGAGGACAAGGGCAAGGGCAAGGACAAGGGCAAGGGCAAGGGCAAGGGCAAGGGCAAGGGCAAGGGCAAGGGCAAGGGCAAGAAGGAUUCGUCGACGCCGAUGGAGCUGCCUGUGCCGCGGCUGAAUUUGGUGACCAUGCCGUGCGAGACGUUUGAGGUCUCGGACGAGGCGACGCCCGAGACGCAGGCGUCGGGCUCGGCGUCUGCGACGCCGCGGGUGCUGUCAGUUGUUGACGCGCUGCACCGCCACCGCGAGGCGCAGGGCAAGCAGCCGAUGGUGGCGGAGAUUGCUGACGUAGCGCAGGUGACCCAUGACGAGGCCGAGAAGCAGGUGUGCGUGGCGCGGCUGGUUCUGCCGGACGAGCAGCCGGGCUAUGAGCCCGGCGACGCGUUUGGCGUCGCGGUCCCGAACCCGAGCGCCAACGUCGCCGCCGUCCUGGAGCGGCUGGGGCUGACUGCCGAGGCCGAGACGAUUGUUCGCAUUGAGACGGUCGACGGCUCGGCGCUGCCGGACCAUCUUGCGCCGUUUGGCGGCGAGGACGGCGCCCGACUCGCCGACGUGCUUGCGGCGUCUGUUGCGCUCUCGGCGCCACCGACCAAGAAGCUGUUGCGGGUUCUGGCUGAGGCGGCUAGCGACCCAGCCGACGCUGCUGCACUGCUGCGGCUGACCUCGCGCGAUGGCGCGGCCGACUAUCGCGAGCUGGUCAAGGCCGGGCUUGGCAUUAGCGGUGUGCUCGAACAGUACCCGUCGAUCGGGACGCCGCGCGGCGGCGUUGCGCCGCUCCUAGAGCACAUGCAUCCGCUCGCGCCACGGUACUACUCGGCCACCACCGCCGACGACACGAGUGUGGAGCUCUGCUUCACGGUUGUCGGCCUCGCCACCAAGCACAUGGCCGGGUCGAGCGCCGGCGAUCCGCUGGUGGUCUUCCCGCGCCCUUCGCCAGCGUUCCGCCCACCGCCGGCGUCGGCGACGCACCCGGUCCUGCUCAUUGCCGCUGGCACCGGCAUUGCGCCGUUCAUGUCGUUUCUCCGUGCACGCGAGGCCGCUGGUGUCGACGGCACUGCCGCUGCGUGGUGGCUCGUGUACGGCGUUCGCCGGCCUGGACCGGAGGAGCUCUAUCGCGAGGAGCUCGCCGCCCUUCUAGAGCGCGGCGCGCUCGGCCAGCUCACCAUGGCCUACUCGCGGGUCGACGAGCAAGACCGCGCGUAUGUCCAGGACAAGCUCCGCGCUGCUGCUGACAGCGUCCGCGCCCUGGUUGCCGACGGCGGCGUUAUUUACGUGUGCGGCGACGCACGGACCAUGGCUGCAGGCGUCCAGGCUGCGCUCGACGACAUUCUCGGCGCCGAGGCUCUUGCAGCGCUUGCCGCCGACGGUCGCUACAAGCGCGACGUCUGGCUCUAGACCGCGGUACUCACGCUAAUGCCAACGGAUGGGUAGACCGGAUGGGCGACGACCACUCGCGGUGCGUGUGGAAUCCGCGCGCUUGCCGGCCACACCCGCAUCUCCGGACAGGCACGCUCGAGCUCGGCCGGCACCGCCCCGAUGGCCUUCAGGUACCGGGGCACGAGGUCGAGCACGUGGUCGAGCCCUGCCGUGUCGGCUGAGACCGGGCGUGUGUGGCGGACCAGCUGCAGCGGUGCGAGAGCCGUUGCCGAGACCGCGAGCAGCGCCACGUACACCACACGCCGCGGCCGGGCGCCAACGCUCCCAAUGGCGUCGAGCGCGAGCGCGAGGAACAUUGUGCCGGCCUCGGGGUCAAAGCCGAGAACUCGCCAGGCGCUGCGCGCCAUUGUGCGCGUCUGCAGAUCCGGCACAUUCGCCGCUACCCGCGCCAUCACAGUGGUGAGCGACCAUGCUGUGUCAACGAGGACGCCGCCGCGCGCUGUCGGCCACGUCGCCACGCUCACGGCGUCGUCGGCGACAAAGGCCACGAUCCGCGCCGUAGGCGAGACGACGAUCUCGACGUGGCGCGGCGCCACGUGGCUCACCACCGCUACCGCUGCCGCCAGAUCGAGCGCACCGCGCGCUGGCAGCUCCGAGCCCAGCACGCUGCCAAGGCCAAAGACAACAACCGUCAGGGCGGUGGCGCCGCGACACGGUGCACGCGCAACUAGCACGCUUCCGUCGACCGCCACCGCCAGCUCGACGCCCGGUGCGUCGAGGUACACCGGCUCCGGCGAGAGGAGCAGGCCGUCAAAGAGUGGGACGUGGAGCAGUGGGAGCGCUCGCGGCGCGCCGGCCGUUGCCCACAUCGCAAGGUACAUCGCCGAGCCACAGCGGCGGCCGGCGGCGGCGUCGGCAUCGUCGUCGUCGUCAGUGCCGUCGCCGGAGCCGUCCGCCGACAUGGCGGCCGACGUGGCGACCGCAGCGACCGAGACCAGGACCUCACCGUGGUGUGGGACAAGGCCGUAAGCACGAUGGUGGCGUGGAAGAGCAACUCUACCAGUGAUGCACGCAAUGCGCGCGCGGUGGCAGCCCCGGGGCUGUCCAGGGCGCCCGGUCAGCCGCCGCCGCAGGAGCUGGGCAAGGAAGGUGCGUCGGCAAAGUGCGACCUUUUCUGCCGGCCGACGUGUGGACGAGGCGGAGCGAGGGGUGUGUGGGCAUCGAUCGGAGCGCAGUACAUGGCCACAAGGAAGGAGAUGAGGGUAGCGG